AAAAUGGACGAUGAAGACAAUGAUGAAAAGAGACGUCAACGUUCAGAUGAAGCUCGUCGAGCCGCGAUGAGGCAAAAAAUUCAAGAUCAGAGAGAAAGAGAUCGUCAAAUUGCUGCUGACAUUGCUAAUGUUGACAAAAAAACGACAAAACGCAUUGUAUUUGAAGAUUCGGAUGAUGGGGAUGAUCAGGAUGAAGAAACAGAAAAAACAGCCGCGAAUGGUGAAAAGAAAACCUCGCGCAGUUCAAAACGUCCAAAACUCUUCGAUUCUGAAGAUGAAAACGAUAAAGAUGAGGAGGAAGAUUUUGAAAUCAAAAAUAGACACUCUGGUCCUAAAGGCGAAAAGCUGAUGCACCUAGAAUCACGUUUCAAUAGUGAUCCCCGAUUCAAAUUGGACGACAAGUUUGCAGAAAGUGAUUCUGAUGAAGAUGGAAAUAUGGAGCAGAGCUCGGAAAAGCAAGAAAUGAAAUUAGAAAAAGAUAAAAAUCGAGAACUUUUGUCUAAAAUUCUAGGAAAAAGUGUCGAAGAGAAAAAACCAAAUACUAUAGAGUCUUCAACACUUAAAGCUCGACCAUUCACUCGUUUCGAUCCUGAAAAUCCUGAGCAUUUGGAAUGGAUGAAAGCUUUUGAAGCUUCGAAAAAUCCACAAAAAGUCAAGAAAACUGAAGAAAGUACAAAUUCGGACGAAGAUGGGAAUGGAAGUGACGAAGGAGACGAAGAUUCAACUGAAAAGAAAAAGGAAGAAGUCGUUGAAAAAGACGAGGAAAGCGGUGAUGAGAGCUUUGAGAAAGCUGAAAUCUUUUUCAAAAUGGAUGACGCGUUUUCAGCUGAAAUGAAAGAACGAAAAGAUGGUGAUGAUCCGUCAACUGGAGGUUUCUCUUUUUUAUCAAUGAUUGGAAGAAAAUAUGAUGACGAAGCAGUUGAAGAUGAUGGAGAAAAUUUAAAGAAAAUAGAACCAACACAAAGUAAAGCCGAACCGUCUGGAAAUGUUGACAAAAUCGAAAAAUCUCUACUCAAAGUGAAAGUUAGCACAAAGUUUUUCGUCGAUCCUCUGUCGGAUGAAAAAAUCAAAAGUUUAGCGGCUAAUUUCAGAAGAACUCAAACAGUGGAGAAAGUUAUUGAUAAAUGGGCACCUCAUCGAGAUGCUAUUUUCAAGCUCUGGAAGAAACAACGUCGUGAUGCAGUAAAAAAGCAGAAAGAUUCAUUUUUCACAAAUGGAAAACGAAAACGGAAAGCUGAUACAGGAAACGAAGAUGCUCCUGAGACUGCGUGAAAUGUUCAAGAUCUAAUAGUUAUUCAAUUGUUCGUUGUUGUUUUUGUUGAUUUUCAAAUGUUUGUUAUAGUAAAU